AUAUUACACUUUCUCUUGCAAGCCUUGUUUCACUUUCUUCCAUUUCUUUCUUCUUCUCUCUCUCUACAUUUUUUCUGCUUUCAGUGUGUUCUUCUGUGCCUUUUCUGGACCGAAUUGCCCCUGGUCAGAGGUUAUGUUGUUGUUGUUGGGAAUUGAAAAAUGUGAUAUAUCCGAAGCUCUGAAUGCGAGCUUUUUUUUCUGCUGCAUUUAGUUAUCUUCUUUAUUUAUGUUGAGUUUGGUAAGUUUUGAACUCAUAGAUGCUUGAAUUUUGAAGAAAUUUAAGGCUGGUCUUGGUUGCAGUGUAUUUUCCCUUGAAUUGAAAUGAAUUGAGCAUCCCUUUCUCCGGGAUUUGUCUAUUGCUCGAGUUUCUUUGUAAACACCAUUGUUGAUAUCUUAUGCCUCAUUAUAUUUAUAUUGUUCUAUCAGUGUUUUGCUCCUUCUCUUCUGCCAGCAAGGAACUAUUGAGAAAAUCUUGGAGGUGUUUAGUUUUGUAAAUUUCACGCUUAAAAGGUUUAGUUUUCAGGGUGAGAAGUGUGUGUUGGGAGAUCACACAUAAACUAGCAAUAUGAGACUUGGGUUUUUCACAAUAGGAACCAGUAUAGAACUUUGCAUCCUUUAUUUUCUUGUUUUUGAUCUGAUUUCAAGUUACCGUGGUCUAUUCUUCAAAAUUCAAGCAUCUAUGAAUUAAAUGGCACCACACACCAGUGCAUUGGAAGAAGAAAAACAUUUCUCUUCGUGAACAAACUUUUGAGUAUUUUAGAAAGCAACCUGAUGAGAAUGAUUCUCGCAAAACAGUAUCGAUGCAUACAUUCAUCUAGCUGUCAAUGUACCAAGGGGCAUUUAAGUGAAGAUGUGAUAUUCUUGGUGUUUCAGCAUUUGAAUUGGAACCCCAAGCUAAUUGCAUCUCUAUCAUGUGCGUGCAAAUGGUUCGACGAUCUUGCAAAGCGAGUUCUAUGGAAGGAGUUUUGUCGGACAAGAGCUCCUAAGAUGAUGCUUGAUCUGCAAUCCAGUGGAAGCCACAGUGUAGAUGGGAACUGGAGGGCUCUAGGGAAGCUUCUUAUAUUCUGUUCUGGUUGCAAGAAAGGUGGCUUGUUCAAUAACGUUCAGGUUCCUGGUCAUUUUGUUCACAGAACUCGAUUUUCCAGAACCUCAGGAAAGAGCUUUCUUAUGCCUCAAUGCAUAAAUGAUGUUUUGUAUGUGUCUGAUCCUUGUGAGCAUCUUGACCAAGGUGAGGAUGGUGAUUUAGGAUUCUUCAGAGGAAUUUUUAAGUCAUUUGCAUCAUCAAAUGUCAGGAGGAUGCUUAUUAACAGAGGUGCGCAGCUCCAUAAAACCGAGAUUUGCCCGUAUUGUAAGGCGAAGUUGUGGAGCAUGCUGCAGGCUAAUAUGAUUCCACAAAGUGCUAGUUGCAGGUUGGGUUCCUAUGAAGACUCUGUUGAGUAUUAUGUGUGCCUUAAUGGUCACUUGCUUGGGGUCUGCACAUUGUUUCCAUUGUCUGAUUCAGAAAGUGUCUGAGUAGUAAUGUAAGAUAUUAACGACUCUCGGCCUCAGAUUGGAAUUCAGUAUUCACAUGAAAUUUGGUUGAACACUUCUGGUCUACUAUUCAUGGGUAAAUUUCUGAUCAACAACAGAAAUGUUCCAUUAUGCUUCAUGCUGCUGUCUCAGGAUUUUCCACAGAUUAUGAAUAUUGCCAACAAAAUUUUUUAUGAAUCAGAUAGAAGGUUGUUGCUGAUUGAUAACUGUGGUAUACCGUGUAUAUUGAUGUGUGAAUAGGGAGACAGAUUUGGUUGUUCAAUAAUUCACACUUGUCAAGAAUCAUUUUGAUAUAGUAGCAUUUUCCUACUCAAAUUCAUUUGAGGAGCACUAAUGCACCGGGUGCUAUUCAAAUAGAUAUUUAUAUUAUUUUGUGUGACUAAA